GUAAUUUUUGUUGAAAUUGUGUUAGUUAAUUUGACGUUUAUUGAGAAUUUAAGUAAAAUUUAGUUGAAUUUUGUGAUAUAUAUAGUUAAACGAUUUGUAUUGCGAUGAUGAUGGCGGAUGAGAGCGCUAAGCGUUGGUCUCCUGAGAAGUUGCCGGAGCCCGGCGGCAGAGAAGCUGAGGCCUCGGAAAUUCCGAGUGAGAGAGAUUUGGAUUUGGAGAUGGUUUGGAGCCUACUUUCGGACAAUGAUUCUGAUCCAGCACAGGGUAAAAAGAAAGGGGUGCAUGUGCCGUUGGAUGAGGUUAUCAUCCACACAAAGACAAAGAAGCACGACGGAAAGACUUGGGUGGAUCCGGGACAUGCUGAGCUACAGGCCCAAUUCUUCGAACUGCGUGAGGAGGCUUGACAGAAUGGGCUUAAAGGCUAGACAGAAUGAGUUUGUAACUGACGAUUCAGGAGGAGAUAAGGAAGUUAUAUGGUGGUAACCUUCCUCUACGAGGCGAUGAUGAUGGAAAGGGAGGGGCAAGGCAGCCCAGGAAUUGUUGACACCUU